GAAUUGGUCAAUUCGACGCGCACUCCUGAUAAACAUGUCCGAACCAGAGGUGAUAGACGCGUCAAGCAUCGACGAGGAUGACAUCGACGCCGUCUCAAUAUUUGGGGAGCAUCUCAUCAACGUGAUUCUGGCUGGGGAGUCCCUGGACAACAUAAAGAAAAUCGUCGAAACCGGUGCACCUCUCUGGUAUCAAAACGAACUGGAAGGCAUCUCCUGUCUGCAUGCUGCCGCGUAUGUUCAGAAUACAGAGCUCGUACGCUAUCUGAUCCAAGAAGGCGCUGUAUGGAACGCGGUGGACUAUCUGAAAAAUACUGCUGGAGACAUCGCGCUCUCGUUCAAUAAUGAAGACAUCUACACCAUCAUCCGUAACGCAGGUAUCCGUGCUGAGCUGUUAUUGGCGCGCAUGUCAGCCCUUGGUCGCGUUCAAUCUGAAUCAGCGUUGGUCCUGCGUUCAACAGACGAAACGGCAGCUGCCUCAACUGAUACAUUUCUAUCUUCAAAACUGCGAUUUACUGUGGAUGAGCAUGGGCAGGAUAUUUGCAUGGUCGAGGCUGAUGGAGAUGAGAUUGGCGUGAUGAUGGGAUGGGAGACCGAGAUCAUGCGGAAGACCGUUCAGAGAUUAUCUUCUGAACGAGAUUCAAAAUCCGCACAAGUCCUCAAUGUCGGCUUUGGUUUGGGGAUCAUCGACUCAUUUUUCCAGGCGCUUUCACCAUCUCUUCACGUCAUUAUCGAAGCCCAUCCAGAUGUACUGAAGAGGAUGAAAGAUCUCGGUUGGUAUGACAAACCUGGUGUCCGAGUACUGGAAGGCAAAUGGCAAGAUUUCAUAAAUGACCCUGAAAAGCUGGCCUCUAUCGUUCCUGAAGGCGGAUUCGACCUCGUCUACACGGAUUCGUUCAGUGAGGAUUACGAGGCGUUGCGACAAUUCUUCGGACAUCUUCCAACGUUACUCGGCCCACAGGCCAGAUUCAGCUUUUUCAACGGCUUAGGGGCAACAAACCUGACGUUUUAUGAUGUUUACACCCGCGUCUCGGAAAUACAUCUUGCGGAGGCCGGCUUCGAUGUCAAGUGGGCGGAUGUGGACCUUCACCAGCAAAAGGACCGCUGGGGUAAUUCGAGGGCUUAUUUCACUUGUCCCACGUACAGACUACCUGUAGUUUCGAGACGAAAAUGAGAUAUUCCAGUCGACACACUCACUGCCACCUGUCAAAUGAUCGACGACGGUUACCCUGUUGUCAACGUUUGUGGUGAAGCGGCAUCCUCUUCCUUCCUUUCUCCCUUCAUUCCAGGCCGUGCCUUUAUCUCAUUCUUUUCUCUCGACUGCGUCGACUCCUUCAGAUUCCGCUGCUAUCCACUCGUUCAGUAACACCAUUCAGCCGCCUUUUCGACAAGCACCCUGUUCAUUGUCAACAUGAACGCUCAGUUCGCUCCGAUCCGCACUGCGAGCAACACUAUCGUGCUCUAUCUAUCCCCGAACCAUCCUGCCCCACCCUGUCCUCCAGAAAUCAAUGACGAAGUCACUCAGGAUGCGUGGACUCACCGCCUCAACUCUGUGACUGAGAUUGCUGCCCGGUACAACAAGCCCAUCCUUGAGCGCAUCUGGAUCACGCUCGCCCUUCUCUCCAUCCUCAUCGUGCCAGUGACUGUCUUCCCCGUCAUUCUCCGCGCGCUUCACUUCAGAGACGACUCGGUCAGCCAUGUUUUCGAGGCUCGCUCCAUCUCGAUGGUAAUCUUUGUGGCACUGCUCCUUCUAUUCUUCGUGCCCAUGGCGAUUUGGAAAUAUAUCGGUCAAAAACAGGUUAACAUGUUGUUGACAAAGUGGAGAAAUUUGGAGCAAGGACGGGUUACCUCGGUGUGGGUAGUGAAGACACCAGGCAUCUUCAGAAGUAGCAUUAUAUUGAACAUCCAUCUUCCUCCUGGAAAGGCUGCCACCGCUUUCACUUUCAACGCUUACUUGGACCCGAGUUUCAUCAACGCACCCAUCGACGCUGGGGCCAACCAUUACUACGCGGACGCGCAGAGAAUGGAUGCCGUCCCUCUUUAUGAUGAGAAGGCACAGCUUUACGGGAGGGAGAAGGUCUGAGUAACGGACACCCGUCUUGAUAGGAGAACUUGAGAGAGUAUGUUGUACUCGGACUUACGGAUAGGAUACUGUUGGGACCGCCUCGGUAAUCUACUUACUUACUUGUUAUAUGAACGGAUCUGGCUUUGCCGGCGUUGCCAAUACGUGCUGCUGGAUGGUUUCCGUGGACCAGACGUGAUGAGAACAGAAACCUGCUUUGUACCAUGACCAUAUACAGUCUUUACAUCUACGACAGACAUUGCAUAUGCGUGUACUACCAGGAUUGGAACCGUACGAGACGGCCAAAACUAGCCACAGAGGGCGGGAUACUACCUGCCGUUUCGCAAGCUGUUUCUCCUCCGUCUCAAAACCCGACCUCCGCCUACUCAGGCUACUCGAGCCCCCGAAACACGCUUUCGUCCAAUUCCGGCGUUGUUAUUGCUGUGAAUGAGGGUGCUCAGACUCCGUCGACACCGUUGCUGAUGCAACCGACACCCCCAUCGCCAUCGCCCAUGACCAGCACAGGGCUAUCGUUCGAUGAGGAAGCUAAACUGGUGUACGGUGUCAUUCUUUCGCUCAGGAAUAUGGUCAAAAAGAUCUCCGGGAGGGAUGAGCAGUUCACCAACUACCGGACGUCGACGUAUAAGAUGCACGUCUUUGAAUCGGUGUCUGGGUACAAGCUGGUGAUGCUCAGCGACCCGGGUGCAGAGUCCCUUCGGUUCAUGCUGCGACAAAUCUACACGGGUCCGUUCCUUGAAUACGUUGUGCGCAAUCCGUUGGUGGACAUGGAUUCGCGCGAGUAUGGAAUCGACAACGAGUAUUUUCGCGCAAGCGUCGACAGACUUAUACGCAGCAGUCACUUCUCCUCAUAGUUGUUAUACAAGAGAUUAUAAAUUGAUUGUUC